CUCAUUAAACAAAUAAUACCCACUUGCCCACUUGUCCUGUCCUUUCCCUUCGUAACCUCCCACCACGAUCCACUCUCCUUUCCCUUCUCCUCCUCCUCCUCCUCCUCCUCCCACGCGAUCGGAUCCAGCCCCACCACUACCCACGGCGGCGGAGAUGGCGGCGCCGGCGACGACCCGGGAGGCGAGCGUGUACAUGGCGAAGCUCGCGGAGCAAGCGGAGCGCUACGAGGAGAUGGUGGAGUUCAUGGAGAAGGUGGCGACGGCGUCGGCGGAGGGGGAGGAGCUCACCGUGGAGGAGCGGAACCUGCUCUCCGUCGCCUACAAGAACGUCAUCGGCGCGCGCCGCGCCUCGUGGCGCAUCGUCUCCUCCAUCGAGCAGAAGGAGGAGGGCCGCGGCAACCAGGACCACGUCGCCGCCAUCCACGCCUACCGCGCCCGGAUCGAGGCCGAGCUCACCAACAUCUGCGGCGGCAUCCUCCGCCUCCUCGAAGCGCGCCUCGUCCCCUCCGCCGCCACCGCCGACUCCAAGGUCUUCUACCUCAAGAUGAAGGGCGACUACCACCGCUACCUCGCCGAGUUCAAGGCCGGGGCCGAGCGCAAGGAGGCCGCCGAGAACACCCUCGCCGCCUACAAGGCCGCCCAGGAUAUUGCUCUGACGGAGUUGGCGCCGACGCAUCCGAUUCGCCUAGGGCUGGCUCUGAACUUCUCGGUGUUCUACUAUGAGAUUUUGAAUUCGCCGGACAAGGCCUGCACUCUUGCAAAGCAGGCUUUUGAUGAGGCAAUUGCAGAGCUGGACUCUCUGGGGGAGGAAUCAUACAAGGAUAGCACUUUAAUUAUGCAGCUACUUCGCGACAACCUUACUCUCUGGACUUCUGAUAUGCAGGAGGAUGGUGUUGACGAUAUCAAAGAAGCAAGCAAGCCUGAGGAUGAUCAGUAGCUAAGAUUUGGUGAUCGUCCCCUGCUGCGCUUUGUUUUUUUUUUAGGUGCUUCAACGUGCGGAUUGACCAUCAAUUUUUCUUUUUUUUUUCCCUUUCGUUUUCCUUUCCACUUUGGUGUCGUAUCUUAAUUAUCUGCUUAUAUUUGCUAGUCAUAUGCUUGCACAAUGCUACUGCUGUUUAAUCUAACAUUUGGCUUCUAAAUGUCCUUUCCUUUGAAUACUCCCUCUGAAUGGCUAUUUUCCUACUUAAUGAAUAAGAGUUGAUUGUGUUACUGAUUUUU